UCAACCCCCUUUCUUCUUUAUUUGCCGAAUCUCUCCCCUCUCAAAAGGAAAAAAAAAGGCACAGAAAAUGUGUUCAAAGGUGAGUCUGGUUUGCAUGAUCAUCGUGUUCCUCCUCUUCUUCAUAUUACAUUCUCCAGCUGCUGCUCGCCCAGAGCCUGCAUCUACAGUUCAAUAUGCCGAUACUCCCUUCAAACCUCAACAUCUGGGUGAAGAAAAAGAUGAUAAGGUUCAAGAGUUGGAGGAUAGCUGCGAGGGAAUUGUAGAAGAAGAAUGCUUGAUGAGAAAAACACUUGCAGCCCACAUUGAUUACAUCUAUACCCAGAAAACCAACCCUUGACCUGUCUUCAUAUCUUAUCAUUUAUAUACAAUUUUCUGCUAAUGUAUUUAUAGUUUUAAUUC